AUGAAAGAACCAAACGAAAGUAUCACAACUCAAUCCGAAACUCAACCACCAAACCAAUCAUUAACCAAAAAAAGAUCAUUAAUUUUAAAAUCCCAUCAACCCAACUUAUCAAUUUAUCCAAUCUGUUUAAGCUCAAACGUUCUUAAAGGUUUCGGUAGAGGAUCUAAAGAAUUAAAUUGUCCAACUGCUAAUUUAAAUCCAAAAGUUUUAGAAGAUCAAUCAAAAGAAUAUCUAAGAAAUCAAAAUGUUUUUGAAAUGGUGAUGAGUAUUGGAUUUAAUCCUGUUUAUGGUAAUGAAUUUAAAACGAUUGAAGUUCAUGUGUUGUUUGAAUUCGAUCAAGAUUUUUAUGGUGUUGAGAUGAAAGUGAUGGUUUUAGGUUAUAUUAGACCUGAAUAUAAUUAUACUACUAAAGAUGAGUUGAUAACUGAUAUUGAGAUUGAUAAACAAGUGGCUAAGAACACAUUGAAACAAGAAGGGUAUUUUAAAUUUGUGAAUGAUAAGUUUUUUGAAUGA